GAAAGUCCGAAAAAGAGUGACGGCAUUACUUCGAUCAAGAAUUGAUAUCAGUCUAGCUUAGGUUAAGCCUGAACGGGCAAUAAAUUCGAGAGUACCACAAAAGCAUUUGCCCCGCAAUCGAAUCGAAAUUCUGAUCACCACAAACAUUCGUUAUUGUGUUGAACACGAGUCUCCCUAUUUGCCAACCUCUAAGAUUUGAACACAGCAGAGUUGCACUCUGUGCAAGGCAACAUGGCGGCCCAGGUUUCGGACGCUGUUGCGAUGUUGAAAAUCAAGGAUCCUGAAGCCGUAAAAGCUUCUGCCGCAGCAGCCAAGGCGAACGGAAAUGGCAACUUAGAAGCAGAGGACACGGACGACGAUGAAGAGGACAAGGGGGCGCCUGGAGAAGGAGGGGCAGAUGGAGCAGCCAAGAAGAAGCGCAAGAGGAAGAGGAAGCCAAAGAAGGCCGGAGGUGCGGGCGCUAUUCCUACGAAGCAAUCAGAUCCUCCUCGAGUCCUGCUGUCAAAUCUGUUCCCGUCUGGAGAAUAUCCCGUGGGCGAGGAAGUAGAAUACAGAGAUGAGAAUCUGUACCGGACCACCAAUGAGGAGAAGAGACAUCUGGACCGGAUGAACAAUGAUUUCCUGCAAGAAUAUCGGCAAGGAGCUGAGAUUCAUCGACAGGUUCGGCAAUGGGCGCAAAAGAACAUCAAGCCUGGACAGAGCCUGACCGAGAUCGCGGAGGGCAUCGAGGAUGGAGUUCGAGCGUUGACUGGACACCCUGGAUUGGAAGAGGGUGACAACAUUAAGGGUGGAAUCGCUUUCCCAACUGGUGUCAAUCUGGACCAUAUUGCAGCACAUUACAGCCCCAACGCCGGAAACAAGACACUUCUUGCCCAGGACAAUGUCAUGAAGGUUGAUUUUGGCGUACAUAUCAAUGGCAGAAUCGUCGACAGUGCCUUCACACUUGCGUUCGACCCGAUGUAUGAUAAUCUGCUCGAGGCAGUCAAGCAGGGUACAAACACCGGUAUCCGAGAAGCUGGUAUUGAUGCUCGUCUGGGUGAGAUUGGAACUGCAAUUCAGGAGACUAUGGAGAGCUACGAAGUGGAGAUCAACGGCAAGACUUUCCCCGUAAAGUGUAUCCGAAAUCUAAACGGACAUGAUAUCAGACAAUGGCAAAUUCAUGGUGGCAAGAGUGUGCCAAUCGUUAAGAGCAGUGAUCAGACGAAGAUGGAGGAAGGAGAAGUCUUUGCCAUUGAGACUUUUGGAAGUACUGGAAAUGGUUACGUUCGUGACGACUAUGAAACAUCUCACUAUGCAAAGAGAGCAGAUGCUCCCAAGAUCGAUUUGAAAGUUGCAUCUGCUAGCAAGUUGCUCAAGGUCAUCAACAAGAACUUUGGUACAUUGCCGUUCUGCAGAAGAUAUUUGGAUCGCCUGGGUCAAGAAAAAUACUUGCUUGGAUUAAACAACCUAGUAUCGAACGGUAUCGUCGAAGCAUAUCCACCAUUAGUGGACAAGAAGGGGUCAUACACGGCGCAAUUUGAACAUACAAUCUUGCUUCGCCCAAACGUGAAGGAGGUCAUCAGUCGAGGUGAUGACUAUUAAAACAUCUCAGGAUAUGAAGAACGGAGGAAAUUUGGCCUAGGAGGCUUUUUAAGAAUGCAUAAGCGAUCCCUUUCCCGCCUCAAUAUAGAGCACCAAAAUCAAAAGCUAAGCAAAUGAUUUACAAAUUCUGUCUGGGGUGAUUUUCUACUUGCCAAAUUUCCGGAAAUUCAAAUAAGCUCAAGGAUUGCAGUCUUAAGAUAUGAGGGGCUGUCCCCUGGAGACCGCCUCUUCCCGGCCGCAGAUUUUCCGUCGAUGUUUCAAC